ACAGUUGACGUUUGCGACAGAGGAUUACAGCAUCAUGGCCGUGAACGUCCCUGGAGUUAUAGUGAUGGUGCUUUUCUACCUGCUGGUCCUCGGGACCGGGAUCUGGGCUGCUUUCAAGUCAAGAAGGGAGCAGAAGAAAAGUGGAGCAGGGGAAAUGGAGAUGGCUCUGCUGGGAAAUCGAAAGUUGGGCUGGUUGGUGGGUAUCUUCACCAUGACAGCAACUUGGUAUGGAGGAGGAACAAUCGUCGGGACUGUUGAAAGUGUGUACACACCCUCUUUGGGACUGACCUGGGCUGCUACGAUGGUACUUGGAUACAGCACAUCAUUUAUUAUAUGUGGUCUGGUGUUUGCUAAACCACUGAGAGAACAGAACUGUGUGACAAUGCUGGAUCCUUUCCAUGUGAAGUAUGGAAAGGUUCUAACAGCUGGGAUGUCCAUGUUCUCACUACUUCUGGAUAUACUGUGGGUUCCUGUUGCACUUAUUGCAUUAGGAGGAACCACGAGUGUGAUCCUGGGUUUGUCCUACACUGUGUCAGUCUGGAUCUCUGCUGCUGUGGCCAUCAUCUACACACUGCUGGGAGGUCUCUACUCUGUGGCCUACACUGAUAUUAUACAGCUGAUCCUUAUAUUCUUCAGUUCAUGGCUCUGUGUUCCCUUUGUUCUGAUGAACCCCAGCUGCACAGACAUUGGUCAAACACUGAUGAACAACACCUUACACGCUCCCUGGGUUGGUUUGCUGGAAGUGAAGAACAUUUGGCUCAUAUUUGAUGAGUUCCUCUUCUUCGCACUGGGCACUCAGGGAUAUCAGUGUUUCCACCAGAGAACUUUAGCAGCCUCCUCCUUCACCAAUGCCAAAAUAAUGAGUGUGGUUGCUUCUCUCCUCCUGCCUAUUCUUGUUAUUCCUCCUAUUCUGCUUGGAGCAGGUGCUGCAUCUACAGAUUGGAACCAGACAACUUAUGGUUCUCCGUCUCCAUACGAACGUGGUGAAGCAGCUCUGAUCUUGGCCAUCACCCUGCAGCACCUUACUCCUUUUUUCAUCUCCAUCAUCGGUACUGGAUGUGUGGCUGCUGCUGUGAUGUCAUCAGCUGAUUCUGCUCUGAUUUCUGCAGCUUCUGUCUUCACCUCCAGCAUUUACAAGAACAUCCUAAGGCCAAAGGCAUCGCAGAGAGAGAUCCAGUGGGUGAUCUCUGUUGUUAUCCUGGUGGUGGGUUUGGUUGGUACUUCGCUAACAAGCGAGGAGAAAAGCAUCCUGAAGUUCCUAAUUUUAGGUUAUGAAGUUGCCUACGUUGUUGUCUUCCCUCAGUUGUUCUGUGUUCUCUUUUUCAACAUCUCCAAUGGUUAUGGAGCUAUCGUGGGCUGUGUGGUUGGGCUGGUGCUCAGACUCCUCAGUGGAGUCCCAUCUCUAGGACUUCCUGUUGUCCUCUGUUUCCCAGGAUGUGUCCUUGAGGAUGGAGUUUAUGUCCAGUACGCUCCAGUGAAGACCAUCUCCAUGCUGUCUGCUAUGGCUGCCAUUGUGUUGUUCUCCUAUCUGACAUCUGUGCUCUUCAACAAAGACCUGCUUCCUGAGAGGUGUGACGUGUUCAAGGUUAAAAUCCAGCUUUCACCACAACAGCUGAGUCCAGUCCAAGAUUCUAGUGAAGACCAUGAGACUGAGUACAGAGGAUUUAGGUUCAAAACAAAAUUUUGAGGUGCAAAAGAAAACAAAUUUUCUAACAGAGACACUUUUUUUUAAAAAUAUAUACAUAA